GGAGCAGGAAGCGUGAAAAAUCUCACUAAUGGGUUUAUUUGCUGUCAGAUAUGCGCCGAUCUGUCAUUCCCCUGGACUGCUACGCUUGACACAUUUCAUAGCUGAGUAAGCCGCCCAGCUUGCUGGCUGUAGAUCAGUGGUCCGGGAAACCACCGGUCUGGAGACUAUCAGGGCAACAGCAGCAACAGAAAGACUCCCCAGAGCGCUUUGACGCCCCCCAUCUCUCCUUCUCAACCUGCUGGCAUUGGCUCUGGACCUCUCGCUGAGCAGCCAGUGACCCCAACAUUGGGAAACAGGGGACUUCGCUUUUCCUUUUUAAAAGACUUUUUUGGCGCACUCCUCGCGGCUGAAGAUGAGGGCCUGGCCGCUGGCCGUGGCGGUCGCCGUGUUCUGGACUCAGUGCCUCCUGGAGGAGGUGGACAGCAGGAAGGAGAGGAAGAAGCCGAAGGAGGUGCCCCCCCAGCACACGGAGGUGUACAACACCACCGCCUUCAACAGCGAGGAGGUCACCGGGAGCACCAAGCUUCCGGAGAACACACGAGUGGAUCCCUUUGGAUCAUGGAUGGAUUUUGUGAAGAGGCCUGUGGGCAACUUUCCCGGGAAGUGUCGCAAGAGAAAAAGACCACUGCCAGGGCCCCCAGGUCCCCCUGGACCCCCAGGGCCACAAGGGCCCCCAGGGUCCCCCGGGGCAGAGAUUACCCAAGAGGUCCUGCUCCAGGAAUUCAAGGAAAUGAUCAAAGAGGCAACGGAGAGAAGAGCAGCAUUGGAUAAGCAGGCCAACCCCAGCGCCCUGGCCCCUGCUCUCAUCACUCUGGAAAGCAUGACCUCCUACCGGAGGAUAGAGGAGGCCUUCCACUGCAGGCUGAAGGGGCCUGUCGUCGUGGACAAGAAAACCCUGAUGGAGCUGCAGAACUUUCAGACCCCUCCAGCUAAGGGUGCCUUUCUUCGAGGAACAGGAAUGGACCAGUCCACCGGCCGAUUCACUGCUCCAGUCACCGGCAUCUACCAGUUUUCUGCCAACGUUCAUAUUGACCACAGCGAAGUGAAGAAAAGCAAGAGUCCUCUGAGAGCCCGAGACAACGUGCGAGUUCUGAUCUGCAUCGAGUCGCAGUGCCACCGAUACACGUCCUUAGAAGUGAUCGUUGGGUUGGAAAGCAACAGCAAAAUAUUCACAGUGUAUGUUCACGGAUUACUGGAACUGCAGGUUGGUCAGUACACCUCCAUAUUCGUGGACAAUGGAGCCGGAGUGUCCAUCACGAUACAGAACGGCUCAGAUUUCAUGGGGAUGCUGAUGGGUGUAUAGCUGUGCCCCCGUCCCACCCGUCCCCAUCCCCUUUCCUGUACAUACCUGGGACUGUGCCACCUGAGAUGUCACGCAUAUGGUCUGCUUGCGUUUCUUUGGAUUUUACACCCCCUGCCACCCUUCAUCCUCGGGGGUAGAUGGGAAAUGGGUGUCCCUGCAGACAACAGCUGCUUCCUCAAAGGGGUGGAGGUAACUUUUGGAAGGAGUGUGUGCCCCUCACACACUGCCUGUCUGUGGACUAAGAAAGCUGAGAAUUUCACUGAUUGAUUGACUUCCCUCACUGUCUGAAUAGGAGACAAAAGACACCCACUGCUGUUUCCCUCCUCCUGCAUCCAUUUUGCACAACGUGAAGUUCCACUGGCUUCCUGUUAAAACACCAAUGCUGCAGAACGUGGUGUUUGACUCCUAUAUUGUCCCAGUGUAUGAUAUUACCAACCACAGAGAGACUCUCUACAUGCCUGAGAUGUCUGUGUGUGCAGUGAUGUCAAUACCUUCAUGCAGCUUUUCAAACAGUUUGAGAGUUUUCACAAUGGGGCUUGUAAAGAAGAGAAGUGCCAUUCUUUCAGUUCAUUCGGUUUGUUGAUUUAUUGCUAAUUUAACUCCAUAUCAGUCUCAUGAAUUAAUUCAUUCUUUGGUGUUCAUAUGUAUGCUGGUGAGUGUACAGGAUUGGAUAGGUUUAUGUAUGAAUGCCAUUGGACAUCACAAGGUUGAAAACAGCCAAUGACAGAAGGCACAGAAUGAGCAUCAUAAAAGAGGGUCGGUAUUCAUACUCAUGAAUCUUAUGAAACACACCAAGAAUGCAUAUGCUUAUAUUGGUUUUGACCAAAGUAAUAGACAAUUAAAUAUUCAUACUGAAAAACUGAAUAUUAUAUACAAUUUGCUCAAUGCAUGUUCUGACCUUCCUAGCAGAAAAAAUAUAGAACAUAAUUGGAAAGUGAAUGAGAUAUUUGCCAGUGGAAAACAAAAUGGUGACCAAAUUAGGUUCUCGUGCAAACAAGAAUGCCUGAUGGCACUAAUAGCAAACAUUAAUGCUGAAAAUGUCAGACCAUUCAGAUCCCCCUGAAUCAGAUAUAAAUGUGUGUCUUUCUCAGUGAUAUCAUGUGACCGAUACUC